AUGAAGGUUUCGUGUUUUGUANAUUUUUAGAAAACCCUAAACCAAGGAAUGUCUAUUGGCCACUUGUAUAAAAAAAAAAUAAUUCUGCAAAAGGAUAUUCCCAUAAGUUUAAAUACACUUACAUUAUUGAAACUAUUCCAUUAUAUUUAAUGGUUUAUCUGUUUUAAAAUUUGAAUAUAGAAUUAGAUCAUGAAAUUAAAUUUACUUUAAAUUGCUUAUCCUUUACUGAAAUAAUUCUAAGCAAAUUAAUAAGAAUUAUUUAAUAAAGCACAGGCAAAAGUAUAAUUAAUUACAUAUAAAAUAGAAUGUAAAAUAGCUACAGCAAUAUCUAUAUUAAAAUAAUGGAUUUGGUUUAAGAAAAUAUUGAUUAAUAUUGGGGACUUAAUAAUAGAGAAUGAUAUUAAUAAAUUUAAAGCAUAUUAUGUAGAAAUUAAUGAAAUUAAUCCAAAUGAAGUGAGUUAUUUUUAUUAUAUUUUAAAGGCAUUUAAUUUAAAGUAUAAUAAACUUGAAGGGAUGGAUUCAUUAUUUAGAUUUGGUAAAACUUAGUACUUUGUACAUUCAGGUGUUCUCAUAAUUAGAUUAAAUAUAGCUUUGGUUUCUGAAAACCUAAAAUCAAAGGUUAACCUAAAAAGCAUCAAGUUGAAUCAAAAAUAAAGUGAUUUGUUUUCAGAUGACAAAGACCUUAUUGUAUAUUUUAAUUCAUUUCUAUUUAGAAAUAUAUGUAAUUUAUUGUCACACCAGAAGAAAUAUUAAAAUGCUUACUUAGCAAAAAUUGA